AUGACAAGGUGUUCAAAAGAAUGGCUUGAUAAAAAACAUAUCAAGCUAUAUGAUUACAGUGAAUUUUCUGGACUUAAAGAAGUUGGUAGGGGAGGUUAUGGAAUUGUAUGUAAAACAGUAUGUAAAACAGCUGUUAAAAGGUUAGACUCGACAGUUGCGAUUAAAAGACUGAUUGUUGAAAAGAACGAUGAAAAGACUAUUCAAAAGUUUGUUAAAGAG